CUAGGUAAAACUGUUAGUAAUGAGCUCCUAGAGUGAGGAGGACAGUGUCAUACUACACGCGUGCUGCCUACUACAGCAUGUGCACUGACACUGAAGAGCGCAGCCCGUGAAGACGGUGAUCAGAUGCUCCGGACUGUGAGUGUGAGAGUUUGGAUGAUGCCGCCGGCUGUGCCGCUGACGCUUGUCUGCGCGAUGCUGUGCGUCUCCACAUGCGUCGCGUUGUGUCCGCCGCGCUGCGAGUGCUCUGAAAGUCAACAUACGGUGCGCUGCGCGUCUGCCGGGCUUUUCCGUAUCCCAGCCGCGAUCCCGAGCGACACGAGCAGCCUAAUCAUCACCGGAAACACGAUUCCCAGACUCGAUCACAGCGCGUUCAACGGACUGCAAAACGUCACCCACCUAAACCUAAGCAAUAAUGGGUAAGAAAAAAUAUGCAUUAUGGAGGUUGGAUCGCAUGCAUUCUCUUCUCUGCACAUGCUGCGUUCUCUAAUCCUGAACGACAACCAGCUGGUGCUCAUCCAUCCAGAGGCGUUCUCCGUGCCUGGAAGCCCCCUGCAGGAGCUCAUCCUCCGCUCGUCUCUCUACAACUACACAUCUCUGACUGACCUCAUCACCGCCCUGCGCUGGGGCGAGCUCACAAAUCUGCUGCGCCUCGACCUGUCGGGCAACCGCCUUGUCCUCUUACCCCCGGGGAUGUUCGCUCCUCUGCCGAACCUGCAGCAUCUCCAUCUAAACAACAACUCUCUGGUGGCCGUCUACAACAGCACUUUCUCUGGUAUUGAUCAACUUUUGGAGCUGGACUUGACCAGAAAUGCGUUUAGAACUAUCAACGAUGAGGGUCUUCACGAGUUGGAGCGACUCGGUCGGGUCCAUCUGCUGUUGGGUCAGAAUCCUUACGUGUGCACGUGUGAAGCGCAAGAGUUUGCGAACUGGCUAAAUAGUUCAAAGGUCAGGGUGGGCGAUGCGGACAAGCUGUAUUGCGAGUUCCCCGCAGCGCUGCGUGACGUGUCUUUGCGCGUUCUCAGUGCACAGGCAUUGGGGUGUUACGGUAAGCCGUACGAAGAGAUUAUCGACUUGUCCCUACAUACUUCCUACGUGUUCCUUGGAUUAGUGCUGGGAUUCGUUGGCAUGGUCUUUCUACUUGUCGUCUACCUCAACAGAAAGGGUAUCAAGAAAUGGAUCACAGACAUACAUGAAGCAUGCCGAGAUGUGCUGGAGGGGUAUCAUUACCGUUAUGAAAUUGACUCUGACCCACGACUGGGGCGUGUUCCAAACAUUAACCAGGGUCGGCCUCGAAAUGACCCGCAUUUGGGGCACAUCCCUUCUGACGCCCGUAUCACACAGAUGCCGUCGGAUGUGACUCUAUAACUGGACUGCAAAUUGCUGCACAAUGAACCCAUUUUUUAUAGAAAUGUUUAUAGGUAUUAUGUCCUGAUAUUUCAGUCUGUAGCAAAGUGGAAAAAUCAAGGAAAAUCAUUUGUCAUUGAGACUAGUGGUCAGCAGAUAUUAUUAACUAGAGAGAUGGCUGGCUGAUGGCUUAUGUAAUGCCAAUUUAUGCAUGAUGUAGGCUAAUACAAUAUAUAUUUAUUAUAUACAAUAUAUAUUUGACCAGUGCAAUAUGAGUCAGCGCAAUUUUUGGUCUGUUUUCCACCAGGAGAAAUUGUAAAAAAUUGCAAAAUUGCAAAAAAUGCUGGGUUAAAAAAACAAAAAAACAAGUUGGGUUGAAAAUGGACAAACCCAGCGGUUGGGUAAAAUGUUUGCCCAACCUGCUGGGCAGUUUUAUUUAACCCAAGUACUGUUUAAACAAUAAUAAUCAAAAGGUAAACAUUUAUUAAUAAGCAAUUUAAUAAAUGUUUAUUGUUUCAUUAUUAUUGAAUAAUGUUCAUUUAUUAAGCAUAUUAAUGUUCAUUUCCAACAUACUUUGGGUUCAUUUUAAGCAAGCAAUACAGUAAUUUUUUAAACAAUAGAUGAGUUAAAUAAAACUACCCAGGAGGUUGGGCAAACAUUUAACCCAACUGCUGGGUUAAAACUACCCAAGCCCCAACUGGGUUUGUCCAAUUUCAACCCAACUUGGGUUGUUUUAAACCCAGCAUUUUUUAGAGUGUAUGUUUUAUCUACUAGAGACUGAAUUUGUGAAUGUGUAGGAUUUCACUAGCAUUAACCGACAUGGACUAAAAGCCACAAAACACAUGUACAUCUAUAUGCUGAAAUUAUAACUUUUUCACAAUAUUUACUAAAAUAUCUGAAAACUGUAUUAUCCAUUGACUGUUGAUUAUCAGCCAGUUUUAAUGAGCUCAAAACACCACCUGAUUUAUCAGUCUAUUGUUGUCUUUCCAAACUUUCUAAGGUUUAUAAGGAGACCUGAAGAUGCACUGAAUGACUUCUCAUGUGCAUCUAACCCUAUCUGACUGAAUUAUACUCUCCAUUAUAUUUCAUAACCUAUGCAGCAGAUUGAAACGCUGCUCUCCAUCACAUUAUGUGGUGCGGCCCACAGCAUUCGCUGCUAGAUUGCGUCCUCAAUAUUUCGCUACGGUUGAGGAAAGGAGGGAAAUGAAGGGGUGUAUUGGGGGAAAAUGGGGCACAAUGAAGGAUUUGGAGUCUAAUGUUCCCUGCGAGCACAUAGUGAAUCUUUCGUGUGCAUGUGUGCUUGCUAGAGCUUGGAACUAAUGACUGCAAUUGAUCAAGACCAGACAGCCCAUAUUAAUCUGUGUCUCCACUUUUGGCAAAGCAGUAUAUUACAGCAUGUUUGGGGGAAAAAACUUCACCCCUGGUGUGUGUGCAUACACAGUUAUAGCAUAAUAUUAAAACGUUGUCCACUCAAAGGAAACUAAAAUGCUUCUGUUGCUAUGUGAAACAGUGUCAGUGAAUCUGUAGUUCUCAUUUAGAGCAUUUAUUAUAGCCUAUAUGCAUCAUUCCACAGAGAAUACUUUAUACUUUUCAUAAAUGUACUAUUAUUUGGAGUUCCCACUGCUUUUGACCAAUCAAUUUCCAUGACAUUUUUAGUCAUUCAUGAUUAUUUGACAAGGAUUUUUAAAAGCCAUCUUCUCAGGAGGGAAUUCUUUACAGCUGAGCAUAACCAGAAACUCAAAAUUUAUAUAACUUUUUAAGAUUUCUAUUUGGUUUUUUUUUUUUUUAGAUCUGGGAAUCACGAUUUUAAAAUUUCCUGAUAUUUCCAGAAUUUCAAUGACCAUGGGAAUUCUUUCAUUCGGGACCUGUUUCAACGCCCAGGAACACAUUUUCCAUUUCUUUUCUAAUAUUGUUGAAAUUGCAUAUUUAUUUUUAUUUGAAUAGACUGCUACAUUUA